AUGGAGCUGAGUCUGGUGCAGAGACUGUUACUAAUAGGAAUAUUAACCUCUGAAAUAUGGACCCAAGAGAGACCAGGACCCAUGAGUUCGGAGUGCCUGGGGAACCUUUUACGUAUAACGCUGAGUGCAGAAUACUUUAAGGACAAAUACUUAUCUUUUUCUGUUGUUGAUCAAUCUGGCAUAGCCUGGGAGCUAGAUGAGACCAUGGCAUCACAGUGUGGCUAUACAGUAACUUACAGCAAUUGGAGUAAGAUCGAGUUUCGUGCUUCUGCACUAAGCUGCCAUUCUCACUUAGAGAAAGAUGUGUUCGUAGUAACUAUACAAAUCAAAGCAUCUCAUACUCCUGAUAUGAAAAAUGCUACAACUCAUCUGAAAAGUGCAAGUUGCUAUUACGGUCCAUGGAGUCCGAGAGAGUUAGUAUGUGAAAGUAACUACAUGGAGGUUUCUGUCAGGCUGGAGGUUCCACAGACUGCAAAAGACUUCAUUCAAGAUGAACCUGAGGACUGGACUCUUCCCUUUCCAGAGGCAAAAGCAGGAAAAGCCUCAAUAUGGCAUAUAGUGUUUCAUCAGCCAGAAGAAAAAAAGGCUCUGCUUGUGAGCGAUGCUUGGAGUGCAGGCUAUGGACUCAACACCACAGACACCAGGGUUCUGCUGAGAAUACCAUACACUGCUGAGCAAAUUCAGCUGGUCGAGGAUCAGGGAAUUACCUUUUCUGCAGUGAGAUCAAGUACGUUUUACAAACAGCGAUGGAUGAUCCUGAUGGUGGAUACUGCUGUGGCAUGUCCUGUAGAUGGUGUGGACUACACUAACAAAACAAUCAUCUGGACUGUUCCAAAAUAUAUUCAACCACUCUCUACUGGAGCAACUAGCUUCAAGGAUGUGCUUGUUGAAGCUGGUGUGGAUCUACACAAACUCUCUGCCAAAGAAAUGGCUUCCAGGAAAUAUGUGUUAUCGAAUGACUUAAAUGCAAUUACAAUGAAGAUACCAAUAGGUGCAGAAGGUGGCUAUUACAAGACUUCUGUGAGCAGUGGGCAGCAUGGGGCAAAAUAUACCAUCAACCUGUUCUUGGAACAUCAAUGGGAAGAUAACAAAUGGGGACUAACCAAACAUACUAUCAUCAAGGAAAUAGAAACACCAUUUGAACAAGUAGAACUUGCUAUAACCAACAACUCAAAUCUGAGUGCAAGGCUAAUGAAUGUGACAGUGGGAACGUUCCUCCCAGAUGUGGACCUUGUGAACUUAACCAUUGAGGGGGCAGCUGUUGCUGUACCUGAAGCUGUUCAGCAUGGAUAUCUAACAUAUGAGAUCAGAUAUGCUAAUGGAAGUAAAGCCUACAUAAUACAAGCCCCACUUGAUGCACCAAGCAUUAAGAAAGAGUACGCGAGAGCUGACAUGAGAGCAUACACCCUGAAUGUCACACUUGCGUUCAUAACCCACCCAACAAGUGAGACCUUCACUGUCCCAGUCACAAUAGUGUCUGCUGUUAAAGAUGCAGUACUACCCAGUGCGAAAGGAUUUUGUGAUGGGAGGAACUUUCAUCUCAUUAUCACUCAUGGGAAUGUGGACCAAAAUUGGCUACCCUUCAUCUCAGACUGGCACAUGACCCCAGAAGCUGUGCAGAAGUACAACUACAGCCUGAGGGACAAUGGCACUCACUUGGCAAUCUCUGUCCCUUUCCUUUCUUCCCAUGUGAACUAUGAGGAUUUUCAUACCUCUGGAAUAAAGGCUUCACUUCACUUGACCUUGAAGGAUGGCAUUACCUUGGCUAAUAGGAGGGACUUCUCAAUUUCCUGCAGAUUUUCACCUUCAGAGCUAAUACAGUGCCUGCCCAAUGGCACUGUGGUUAUUACUGCAGUAAAAUUGGUAGGAGUUGCAGACCUGGACACCAGCCUGCUUGUCUUGAGGGACAGACAGUGCAAACCCACUCUAGUGACAGAGAAGACUGCAACCUUUAAGUUCAGUGUGAACACUUGUGGAACAAGUAGAAAGUUCAACAGCACAACUAUGGCAUAUGAAAAUGAUGUACUCUAUUUCAGACCUGGCAAUGAUACACCAGUAUACCAACUGAAAUUUGUAUGCUGGUAUGCAAUCAAGCAGACAGUUGAUGUCCAAUAUGAAUCUAAGAAGAACCCACCACCCAGUAUUAAGCCAGGGUUUGGCUCUCUUGCUCUUUCGUUGAAGCUUUUCAAAGAGAAAUCCUAUUCAGAGCCCUACCAGGAAUUGGAAUAUCCUGUAGUAAAAUAUCUGAGGGAGGCACUGUAUUUUGAAGUUGAACUGCUCCAGCCUAAAGAUGUGAGACUGGAACUAAACCUGGAUGACUGUUGGGCUACGAACUCCCAAAGCCAGGAUAGCAUUCCACAGUGGCCCAUCCUUAUAAAUGGGUGUGAAAACAGCAAAGACUCCUACAGAACUAUCUUCCAUGAAGUUAGUUAUAGCCUCAGAGUAAAAUUUCCUCAGCACCUAAAGAGAUUUGAAGUGAAGAUGUUCACCUUUGUACAAGGCACAACUCUGUUACAAGAGCAGCUGUAUUUCCACUGCAGUGUGGUGAUCUGCAGCACGAUGCAAGAGCCUUCAGGCUUUCUUUGUCCAAGGAGAUGCAAUCCUGGGAAACACAGACUUGACCGCAGUGCAGAACCACGUCCACAUGGGCAAGUGUCAUCUGGAGCAGUGCUUGUUAGGAAGGAAAACAACUAG